AUGGCCAAGUGUGGGAUUCGAACUGUGGUCUCCAGGGCUCUUGACCAUCGCUCCGUCCACCAUACCACCCUGGGGACCCAAGUCUCGGCCCGAGAUCUGGAAGCCGACCUCGAUCGGUGCCACAUGCUGGAUAUUUUCUCACUAACCUGUUUGCCUUUCGGCUUCUCUGCAGUGAUUGUCCCCCCGUUUUUGUAUGAGAAGUACCCGGUGUCCGUCAUCCCGCAGCCAGAUCUCCUGAGCGCUGGCCCCUACUACCCUCCGCUUGUGUGGGACGCGGGGCUCUUCUCCAGUUUCUUCCCCGCGGAGCCGGAGUACCAAAAAAACGCCGCGUCUCCCCCGAGCCCCGACUCCAAACCCCUGGACCUCACCUCCCUGUCCAGCGAAGAGGAGGACAGCAAGACCACCUCGGAUCCGCCCAGCCCGGCCUCCUCCGCCGCCACGGAAGCGGAGAAAUUCCACUGCAGCCAGUGCAACAAGUCCUACUCCACCUUCGCCGGCCUUUCCAAGCACAGACAAUUGCACUGCGACUCCCAGACCAGGAAAUCUUUCAGCUGCAAGUAUUGCGAGAAGGAAUACGUCAGCCUGGGGGCCCUCAAGAUGCACAUCCGAAGCCAUACCCUCCCCUGUGUGUGCAAGAUCUGCGGCAAAGCUUUCUCCAGGCCUUGGCUCCUGCAGGGCCACAUCAGAACGCACACUGGAGAGAAACCUUUUUCCUGCACACAUUGCAACAGAGCUUUUGCAGACCGCUCCAACCUCCGGGCCCAUCUUCAGACCCACUCUGAGGUCAAGAAGUAUCAGUGCAAAACCUGCUCUCGGACUUUCUCCCGCAUGUCACUUCUCCACAAACAUGAAGAAACGGGAUGCAGCGGAACUCGCUGAGAGCUCCCCAUGCAUGUGCGUGCGUGCAUAUCCCCACGGACUCCUCGAUACAAAUACAUAUUCUUGUAAUUAGUGUCUGUAGGAAGAUAAUUCCGUUGAGUUGCCAACACAGCAUGUAUUGUACUGUUAUUUCCAGAUGCUUCAGGCCUUAAAAUACCAUGCAUAUCCUUUUUUUAAAAACUUCCUUAGAGAGCCUUUAAAACUUGAGUUGUCUUUCCUUCUUUCCUUCCCUAUUGUGGCAGAAUGCAUCCUGAUUCAGGCAGGUGCAGGAUCCUAUGGUUUCCCUUGCAAAUGUCUGGUUUACAAUAGGACAAGCAUGGAUGUGUUUCACUGAACUAACCAGAUUGCCUGUGACCAAAAUCUGCCUAGCAUUCUAUCUUUCAGUGGUAGCCAGCUUCUGCAAACUUGCACAAGGUGUGUUAAAGUGAUGGUUAGUCUACCUCUCCCCCAAUUCCUCCUAGCAUCUGGUAUUUGGGGGUAUACUGCCACCAAAGAUGAAGGUUCUGCUAGGAAUGUUGUGUCUAAUAGCCAUUGGGCCUUAUCCCCUGUGAAUUUUUCUAGUCUUCCAUUUGAAAGCCAUUUAAACUAGAGGCCAUCCUUACCAGAGCUUGGAAAAAUUAUGACCAUGUUUGGCUUGGAGUUUCUGGGAACUGCAGUUCAGGAAUAAUUUUUCCAAGCUUUGAUCAAAGUUGUAUGUGUUCUUUACCACUGCCCCCUACAAGUAUAAGAAUGUUCAGAUGGUGCUCAGUAUCACUCAGGAUUGAGCCUUGCAGUUUAGCUCGCUGGCCUAAAGAAUAGCAGUAUUUUUUCUUAUUGUGGGGCGGUGAGGGAUUAGUAUAAUAAAUUGGCAGUAACUGUUGACCCUGAGCUGAUACAUCUCUGGGGGGGGGGGAAGUAAGGA